AUGACCGCUCUGGAGGAGUUCCAGGAACGCGACAGCGGCUGGGCGUUGACUGAACAGUCGCCAGAAUAUGCGUGUUUCGCGUGGGCAGUGAUCACCGCGUUGUAUCCAAGUACUUCACAUUCCAAACAAAUAUCACAGUAUCCUACGUACGCGAGUGUGUUGAACUUUGAUGGAAUAGAGUUUCCAAUGACAUUGCGUCAAAUCGCGCGUUUCGAACGCAACAACAACGUGUCCGUAAACGUGUUUACAGCGGCGGAACAGGGACACGGAUACGUACCGCUGCAUCUCACGUCGAACAAGAAGAAGAAGCAUGUGAAUCUACUGUAUGUUCCCGAUCAACACAAUGGAAAUGUGGGACACUUUGCGUGGAGAAAAAAUUUAUCGCGUUUAGUCAGCUCGCAAUUGAGCAAAAUGAAGACAGCGAAGUACAUAUGCGAUCGAUGUCUACACUACUUCCGCACAAGCGAUAAGCUGGCGGUACACACCGUGGAUUGUAAACGAUUGAACAACAGCGCAGUCGUUCUUCCCGCUGAGGGAAAUAACUGUUUGAAAUUUGAGAAUUACAACAACAAGGAACGGGUUCCAAUAGUGGUGUACGCCGACUUGGAGUGCGUACUCGAGAAACAGGACAAAGAGGAGAACGCAUCUAGCGCGUACUCGAGAAACAGGACAAAGAGGAGAACGCAUUUAGCGCGCACAAGUAUCAAAGACACAGUGUGUUCAACCUUGUUCGCGACAAAUGUACCUAUGGCGAAUCUCACACCGGCGGAGCUCGAGCGGUUUAGGAACGUCAAGUGUUGCCACGUUUGCGAACAACCGUUUGAGCGAGAUGACAUGAGAGUGCGCGAUCACUGUCAUCUGACGGGACGCUUCAGAGGACCCGCGCACUUCGCGUGCAAUCUGAAUUACAAACAAGUCUACAUUGUUCCCGUUGUGUUCCACAACUUGUCGGGAUACGACGCGCAUUUUAUUAUCAAGGAUGUGGCCACCGCUUUCGAGGGUGAGAUCAACGUGCUGCCCGUGACAAAAGAGACCUACAUAUCGUUCACGAAACAUGUGAGCAGUACUCGAGAUGAAGAUAAUCAGAAGUGCGUGCAACUGCGGUUCAUUGAUUCGCACAAAUUUCUGAGCACAAGCUUAGAAACGCUCGCAUCCUAUCUUGACAAAAGCGAACUGCGAGUAACUCGAACGGAAUUCAGCGAUCUCUCUACCGAGGACUUUGAACUGCUCACGCGAAAAGGUGUGUUUCCAUACGAAUAUGUGGACAGCGGUGACAAAUUGUUGGAAACCAGUCUGGCACCGCGCGAGGCGUUUUACAGUUCGCUGACCAGUGAGACAGUGACGGAGAGCGAGUACGCGCACGCGACGAACGUCUGGCAACGAUUCAACAUCGACAAUUUGGGAUCUUACAGCGACCUGUAUCUGAAGACAGACGUACUUGUGCUGGCUGAUGUAUUCGAAAACUUUCGUCGCGAGUGCAUCGCGAGUUACGGACUGGAUCCCGCGCACUACUACACGCUGCCGGGAUAUACAUGGGACGCCAUGUUGAAGUACACCUGUGUGACGUUCGAGCUGCUGACUGACAUCGACAUGGUGAUGUUCGUGGAACGCGGCAUACGCGGCGGUCUGAGUCAAUGUUCAAACAGAUACGCCCGCGCCAACAACAAGUACGCGCGUUCGCACGAUCCAUCAGAACCGACGUCGUAUCUGAUGUACUACGACGUCAACAAUCUCUAUGGCGACGUUGGCUGCAUACUCGAGGUUGAUCUGACGUAUCCGAAAGAACUGCACGACGCGCACAGAGACCUGCCUUUUUGUCCAACGCGCAAGGAGCCGCCUAGUAAACAUGGAAAGAAUCACGUCAAACUGCUUGCCACAGUGUUCAACAAGAAGCGAUACGUGAUUCACUACCUCAACCUGCAGCAGUGUCUGCGAUACGGGCUUCGCCUGACGCGAAUACAUCGAGUACUGCGGUUCUCGCAAUCACCUUGGCUGCACGGAUACAUCGAACUGAAUACCCGAUUCCGCGCAAACGCCACCAACGAACUGGAGAACGUGCGCAAGUACACCGACGUACGACUUGUUACAAAAUGGGAAGGACGAUGCGGUGCGGAGGCGCUCAUUGCAAAACCAAACUUCCACAGCCGCAACGUGUUCGCUGAAGAUCUAGUGGCCAUAGAACUGCGUCGUCUGGAAGUUUUAUUCAACAAACCGUUGUACGUCGGUAUGUACAUACUCGACAUAUCGAAGACCUGUCUAUACGAAUUCCAUUACGACUACAUGACACCGUUGUAUGGUUACGAUUGCAAGAUCCUCUACACCGAUACCGACAGUUUGAUAUACCACAUAAAGUGCGAGGACGUGUACGACGAUAUGAAGCGCGAUAUCGCUCGCUUCGAUACGAGCGACUAUCUAGCGGACAAUCUAUACAACAUGCCUCGCGCAAACAAGAAGGUACCGGGACUUAUGAAGGAUGAGAACAACGGUGCUGUUGUGACGGAGUUUGUGGGUUUGCGCGCGAAGAUGUACGCGACCCGAGUGGACGACAGCAAGUGCACGAAGAAGGUGAAAGGUAUGAAGAGAAGCGUCGUCGCGAGAACGAUUACUUUCGACAACUACGUGCAAUGUCUGCGGAACGCAACCGAACUGACGCGACAGCAGUCGUGCAUACGAUCUCAGUUGCACGAGGUGUUCACCUUGUCGAAACGGAAGCUCGCUCUGAGCCCGCACGACGACAAGCGGUACAUCAUCCAAGGUUCAACCGACACCUUACCGUGGGGCCAUUACAAGAUCCCUAAUAUAGAUUAG